GUUACUGUUAAGUUCUUUUCUACCUACCUACCGACCCCCCAAUCGCGAAUAAGAGAAACAAACUCGUUUUGUUUUGUUUCACGUUCCGUUCUGGGAGUUGAAAGAAAGAAAGGAAGGAUGGGAGUGACACCGAAAAUUGCUCCUUCGAUGCUCUCUUCCGACUUCGCCAAUUUGGCUUCCGAGGCUCAGCGCAUGCUCCACUUCGGCGCCGAUUGGCUCCACAUGGACAUCAUGGAUGGGCAUUUUGUCCCCAAUUUAACUAUUGGCGCUCCAGUUAUUGAAAGUUUGAGAAAGCACACAAAGGGAUAUUUGGAUUGUCACCUUAUGGUUACAAAUCCUCUUGAUUAUGUUGAGCCCUUGGCAAAAGCUGGUGCUUCUGGUUUUACAUUUCAUGUAGAGACAUCAAAAGAUAACUGGGAAGAACUUAUCCAAAGAAUCAAGUCACAUGGCAUGACUCCUGGUGUAGCAUUAAAGCCUGGGACCCCCAUUGAAGAGGUUUAUCCUCUGGUGGAAGCCGGAAAUCCUGUGGAAAUGGUUCUUGUGAUGACUGUAGAACCGGGAUUCGGAGGACAAAAAUUUAUGCCAGAGAUGAUGGAUAAAGUACGUAUACUUAGGAAGAAGUAUCCAUCACUUGACAUAGAGGUACUUAUCAAGAAGUUUAUCCAAAUAGGGUCUUAAUUAAGCUCCUUACCCAAUCAAACCCUAAAUGCUUCUGAUAGCAUGCUCAUGCACACUAGUAAUAAUAUGUUGGCAAAAUUGUACUUUUGGUCUUCCAGUUUAUCUCCAAUUUCGGAUUUGGUCCCCCUAUAAUUUAAUUAACAAAUUUGGUCCUCCAGUUUUAUAAAUCCCUGUAAAAUUAGUCCUGGAAGCCCGAUUUAGACGUUGACCGUUAACCUCAAACGUUGACUAUACCACAUGUGACUGUCACAUGUCAAUGCCAGGUGUCAAUGCCACAUGUCAACGUCUGAAUGGUUUCCUGUAAAAGUUUCAUUUUUUAUAGGUAAAAUUGUACUUUUGGUCCUUCAAUUUUACUCCAAUUUCGAUUUUGGUCCCCUUAUAAUUUAAUUUGCACAUUUGGUUCCCCAGUUUUAUAAAUCCCUUUAUAAAUUUAGCCAAAUUUCAUUACUGGGGAAGUUGUAUUUCAAAUUUCAAACAAAAAUACCAUUGUCAUACAUAGGUCACUUAAGCAGUCGUAUACAUAUAAUACUGCAUGGGG